GGUGCGUCGAGCUCGCCGCGGACCCAAGAUGGCGGCGUGUGGACGUGUACGGAGGAUGUUCCGCUUGUCGGCGGCGCUGCCGCUGCUGCUGCUGGCCGCGGUCGGGGCCCAGGAGCACCAGUUUCCAGUCGGCCACAGUCAGGGCCAGGGCCCAGGGGCCAACUUUAUGGACUUUGGACCGCAGGCUGGAGGCGGCGGCCCAGCGGGUCAGCAGCUGCCUGUGGCAUCGCAGCUCCAGCAGCAGCAGCAGCAAGCACAGGCACAACAGCAGCAGCUCCAGCAGCAGCAGCAGCUACCUCGGCAGCCACAACCGCCCUUUGCGGCGGGUGGGCCUCCGGCUCGGCGGGGUGGAGCGGGGCCCGGCGGGGCCGGCGGCGGCUGGAAGCUGGUGGAGGAAGAGUCUUGCCGGGAGGACGUGACCCGCGUGUGCCCCAAGCAUACCUGGAACAACAACCUGGCGGUUCUCGAGUGCCUGCAGGACGUGAGAGAGCCUGAAAAUGAAAUUUCUUCGGACUGCAAUCAUCUGUUGUGGAAUUACAAGCUGAACCUAACUACAGAUCCCAAGUUCGAGUCUGUGGCCAGAGAAGUUUGCAAGUCCACCAUAUCUGAGAUUAAAGAAUGCGCCGAUGAGCCCGUUGGGAAGGGGUACCUGGUCUCCUGCCUUGUGGAUCACCGUGGUAACAUCACUGAGUACCAGUGUCACCAGUACAUCACCAAGAUGACGGCCAUCAUCUUCAGCGACUACCGCCUAAUCUGUGGCUUCAUGGAUGACUGCAAAAAUGACAUCAACAUUCUGAAAUGCGGCAGCAUUCGGCUCGGGGAAAAGGAUGCACAUUCACAGGGUGAAGUGGUGUCAUGUUUGGAGAAGGGCCUGGUGAAAGAGGCUGAAGAGAAGGAACCCAAGGUUCAAGUGUCUGAACUGUGCAAGAAGGCGAUUCUUCGCGUGGCUGAGCUGUCCUCCGAUGACUUCCAUCUGGACCGGCAUUUGUAUUUCGCUUGCCGAGAUGACCGUGAGCGUUUUUGUGAAAAUACACAAGCUGGUGAAGGCAGAGUGUAUAAGUGCCUAUUUAACCAUAAAUUUGAAGAAUCCAUGAGUGAAAAGUGUCGUGAGGCUCUGACAACACGGCAGAAGCUGAUCGCCCAGGAUUACAAAGUCAGCUACUCACUGGCCAAGUCAUGUAAGAGCGACCUCAAGAAAUACCGGUGCAACGUGGAAAACCUGCCUCGGUCCCGGGAGGCCAGGCUCUCCUACCUGCUCAUGUGCCUGGAGUCGGCUGUGCACAGAGGGCGGCAGGUAAGCAGUGAGUGCCAGGGGGAGAUGCUGGAUUACCGACGCAUGCUGAUGGAGGACUUUUCUUUGAGCCCUGAAAUCAUCCUAAGCUGCCGGGGGGAGAUUGAACACCACUGUUCCGGAUUACACCGCAAAGGACGCACCCUGCAUUGUCUAAUGAAAGUUGUUCGAGGCGAAAAGGGAAACCUUGGGAUGAACUGCCAGCAGGCGCUCCAAACACUGAUUCAGGAGACUGACCCCGGGGCCGAUUACCGCAUUGAUCGAGCUUUGAAUGAAGCCUGUGAAUCUGUAAUACAGACAGCCUGCAAACACAUACGAUCCGGAGACCCAAUGAUCCUCUCGUGCCUGAUGGAGCAUUUGUACACAGAGAAGAUGGUGGAAGAUUGUGAGCACCGUCUCUUGGAGCUGCAGUACUUCAUCUCCCGAGAUUGGAAGCUGGACCCCGUCCUCUACCGCAAGUGCCAAGGAGAUGCUUCUCGCCUUUGCCACACCCACGGCUGGAACGAGACCAGUGAACUCAUGCCUCCUGGCGCCGUGUUCUCCUGUUUGUAUAGACACGCCUACCGCACUGAAGAGCAGGGAAGAAGGCUCUCCCGUGAGUGCCGUGCUGAAGUCCAGAGGAUCCUGCACCAGCGGGCCAUGGAUGUGAAACUGGACCCGGCCCUGCAGGAUAAAUGCCUGAUUGAUCUGGGGAAAUGGUGUAGUGAGAAGACAGAGACGGGGCAGGAGCUUGAGUGCCUCCAGGACCAUCUGGAUGACUUGGCUGUGGAAUGUAGAGAUAUAGUCGGCAACCUCACCGAGCUAGAGUCCGAGGAUAUUCAAAUCGAAGCCUUGCUGAUGAGAGCCUGCGAGCCCAUCAUUCAGAACUUCUGCCAUGACGUGGCAGAUAACCAGAUAGACUCGGGGGACCUGAUGGAGUGUCUGAUUCAGAACAAACACCAGAAGGAAAUGAACGAGAAGUGUGCCAUUGGAGUCACCCACUUCCAGCUGGUGCAGAUGAAGGACUUCCGGUUCUCUUACAAAUUUAAGAUGGCAUGCAAGGAAGACGUAUUGAAACUUUGCCCCAACAUAAAAAAGAAGGUGGACGUGGUGAUCUGCCUGAGUACCACCGUGCGCAACGACACUCUGCAGGAAGCCAAGGAGCACCGAGUGUCCCUCAAGUGCCGCAAGCAGCUCCGUGUGGAGGAGCUGGAGAUGACAGAGGACAUCCGCCUGGAGCCAGAUCUGUACGAGGCCUGCAAGAGCGACAUCAAGAACUACUGUUCCACUGUGCAGUAUGGCAACGCACAGAUUAUUGAAUGCCUUAAAGAAAACAAGAAACAGCUGAGCACUCGUUGCCACCAGAAGGUGUUCAAGCUACAGGAGACAGAGAUGAUGGACCCGGAACUGGACUACACACUCAUGAGAGUCUGUAAGCAGAUGAUAAAGAGAUUCUGCCCGGAAGCAGAUUCUAAAACCAUGCUGCAGUGCUUAAAGCAAAAUAAAAACAGUGAACUGAUGGACCCCAAGUGCAAGCAGAUGAUCACCAAGCGUCAGAUCACCCAGAACACAGAUUACCGCUUAAACCCCGUGCUGAGGAAAGCCUGUAAGGCCGACAUACCUAAAUUCUGUCACAGUAUCCUGACGAAGGCCAAGGACGACUCAGAGCUGGAAGGCCAGGUCAUCUCCUGCCUAAAGCUGCGGUAUGCUGACCAGCGCCUGUCUUCAGACUGCGAAGACCAGAUCCGAGUCAUCAUCCAAGAGUCGGCCCUGGACUACCGACUGGAUCCCCAACUCCAGCUGCACUGCUCAGAUGAGAUCUCCAAUCUCUGUGCGGAAGAAGCAGCAGCCCAGGAGCAGACAGGCCAAGUGGAGGAGUGUCUCAAAGUGAACCUGCUCAAGAUCAAGACAGAAAUGUGCAAGAAGGAAGUGUUAAACAUGCUGAAGGAGAGCAAAGCAGACAUCUUUGUGGACCCUGUUCUUCACACAGCCUGUGCUCUGGACAUUAAACACCACUGCGCAGCCAUCACCCCUGGCCGUGGGCGCCAAAUGUCCUGCCUCAUGGAGGCACUGGAGGACAAGCGGGUGAGGCUGCAGCCCGAGUGCAAAAAACGCCUCAACGACCGGAUCGAGAUGUGGAGCUACGCUGCCAAGGUGGCCCCAGCCGACGGCUUCUCUGACCUUGCCAUGCAAGUGAUGACGUCACCAUCCAAAAACUACAUCCUGUCUGUGAUCAGUGGCAGCAUCUGUAUUCUGUUCCUGAUUGGCCUCAUGUGCGGACGCAUCACCAAGCGAGUGACACGGGAGCUGAAGGACAGGUAGAGUCGCCGUGACCCCAAAGGAACUGCCUGUGCAGAGCCCAUUUGUACAGCCCUCCUGUAUAGUGUCCCCGUUCGCCUCGUGCCUCUCGGAGGUGACACCACACCCACGGUAGAGCAGCAGCAGGCAUCCACCGCGCCGCCCCGUCCAGAUCCACCGUGUCUGCCGUGCCUCCUCCUCCUCGGCCCCCGGUGCAUCCUCGGCAGCUGGCCGCUCAGUGACUGCCUUUGCUGGUCGACUCCAGUGUCCCUGCCUGUAGGCGCAUAUCGCCCACAGAUGGCCAGGACUUCCAGCCCCAGCUCACAUACCUGCAACUCAAAUGCUUUUUUUUAAACCCAC